GCACCCCCGCACCAAGACCCAAGCACCCGCCUGCAAACCAAACCACCAUCCUCCCCUUCGCGUGCCGUCCAGUUUCUCCAUGGCCACGCUCCCAUCCUCCUCCUCCUCCUCCUCCACCAAAAUCCUAACCCUAAAUUCCUCCUCAUUAUUCCUUUCCUCCUUCAAUUCCCUCCUCAAUUCAUCCCCUCAAGUCCUAAUCCCCCAUUCCUUCAGACUCCUCUCUCAAAACUACUCUCUUCCCCCUAUUCCGUCCGAUCUCCCCCAAACUAAACUCAUCCCCGCCACCAAAUUCAUCAUUGACGGCUUUAAAUCUGCCGGCGAUUUCUCCGUUUCUUACUUCCUCUCCCACUUCCAUUCCGAUCACUACACUGGGUUAACCCCUAACUGGUCGAAAGGCAUCAUAUUUUGCUCUGAGGUAACUUCUAAGCUCUUGAUUCGAACCCUAAACAUCUCCCCCUUGUUCGUCGUUUCGCUUGCCCUUAAUGCGACGGUGGAGAUUGACGGAUGCGAGGUUGCGGUUGUUGAUGCCAAUCACUGCCCCGGUGCUGUACAGUUCUUGUUCAGUGUUCGUGGUGAAGAUGGACGGAAAUUGGAGAGGUAUGUUCAUACUGGGGACUUCCGAUUUUGUGAUUCGAUGAAGAAAGAUCCGAUUUUGAGCCAGUUUGUUGGUUCUGAUGCUGUUUUCUUGGACGCUACUUAUUGUAACCCCAAGUUUGUUUUCCCGUCGCAAGAGGAGUCGAUAGAUUAUAUUGUGAGGCUGAUCAAGAGAAUUAGGGAGGAAAGUGAGGCGUUGAAGGAGCCUGUGCUGAUUCUUAUUGCUACUUACGUGAUCGGGAAGGAGAGAAUAUUGCUAGAGAUUUCACGGCAGUUGAAAUGUCUACUGCAUGUGGAUAGAAGAAAGAUGUCAAUAUUGUCUGUUUUAGGACUUGGGGAUAGUAAUGUUUUUACCGAGGAUGCGUCGGCUAGUAGUAUUCAUGUGAUCGGUUGGAAUUUGUUGGGUGAAACUUGGCCGUAUUUCCGCCCUAAUUUUGUUAAAAUGAAGGAGAUAAUGUUGGAGAGAGGAUAUUCGAAGGCGGUUGGUUUUGUUUCAACUGGAUGGCUGUACGAAACAAAGAAAGAUGGCUUUGCAGUGAGGGUUAAGGAUGAACUUGAGAUCCAUCUUGUUCCUUAUAGUGAACAUUCGAGCUAUGAUGAACUCAGAGAGUUUGUGAGGUUCUUGAGGCCAAAGCGUGUGAUUCCAACUGUUGGAGAUGAUGCUGACAAAAUUGAUGGCAAGAGUGCGAGGGCUUUGCAGAAACAUUUUCAGGGGUUAGUUGAUGAAACUGCAAAUAAGCAAGAAUUUUUGAUGGCUUUCAAUAAGAAGGCAGUAAAUGCUGAUGUGAUGGCUGGAUAUGAUAACCCCGUUAAUGUAUGUCGGUCAGAGGAUGUGGCGGAGGAGGAUAGUUUAAGCCAGAAAGAAGCCCUUUCUGAAGACUUCAACUCUGAGGACAUGGAGGAAGAAAUUCAGGAGAUCCGUGACAGCUUGCCAUCAUGGGUUACUCAAGAUCAGAUUAUUAGUCUGUUAAGAAGCUCCAACGGAGAAGUUGUGGAAGCUGUUUCAGAGUUCUUCGAACAUGAGAUUGAGUUCUAUGAGAAAGCAAAUGUUUGCAUCCUUGCAGCUACUGAUCCUGUCUCUCAGACAAGCUCCCUUCCACCUACUGCUCCUGGCUCUCAGGCAAUCUCACACAAUGAUUUUACUUCUUUUCCUGAAACAAAAUGUUUCCCAGGGAGCCAGGAGAAUGGUAGUAAGUUUGUAAAGUUAGGUAAGAAACCAAUAAGCAAAAAUCUUGCAGCGCCAAAAUCUGUUUUGCCUAAGAAAAGGGGUUCACGCAUUGGAAACAAACCGAAGAAAAAAGGAAAAACUUCUUCAGCUUUAGAGUUGAGUGGAUCAAAGCAACCUACAAUCACAAAGUUCUUUGGAAAAGUUAUAUCCAAUUCCACAGUUAUUGCAGCUCAGGAGUCGAUUGGUGGGACUUCUUUGAUAGUUGACACUGUUGAAAAGCACAAAAAAGAGUUGAAUCAGUUUCUUCAGAUAAUAGAUAAUGGUAUUGAAAGGAGCACUGCGGCCUCUUUAAUGGAGAAGGUGAAGGGAAAUGUUGGUGAAGCAGUUGAUGUAUACUAUAGUAUUUGUAGCAGUGUGUUCGGAGAUGAGGAGAUAUUAAUGCCUUGCAAUCACAAAGAUCAUAUGACUGCUGCUGUUAGUAAUAAUUGUACUGAAGAAGCAAGUUGUUCUCCUCAUGGAACAGACAACAUACCGAGUUUAUUUGUACGUGUAACUUCAGGAGAUGACUCAAGUGUGAUUAAUAUAUCAUUACCAAUUGAUAAGUACUCUCCCGUUGAACAUGCGUGUUGGGAGGCUGGAAAACCUGCUCCCUAUUUGCACCUUGCACGGACGUUUGAUUUGGUAGAGAGAGAAAAAGGCAAGAUAAAAACCACUGCCAUGCUUUGCAACAUGUUCAGAAGUUUGCUUGCCUUGUCACCUAAUGACGUGUUGCCUGCUGUUUAUCUUUGCACAAACAAAAUUGCUCCUGAUCAUGAAAAUGUGGAAUUGAAUGUUGGCAGCGGUUUGGUCAUAGCUGCAUUGGAAGAGGCAUGUGGCAUUAACAAGUCGAGAAUCAAAGAAAUGUAUACUUCUUUUGGUGAUCUUGGUGAUGUUGCACAAGAAUGCCGACAGACACAAGCAUUGCUUGCUCCUCCUCGACCACUGUCUAUUCGUAAUUUAUUUUGCACCCUUAAGAAGAUAAGUCCUGAAACAGGUAAUGGAAGUGCUGUAAGAAAGAAAAAUCUUGUUGUACGUAUUAUGCGUUCUUGCAGAGAAAUGGAAAUGAAGUUUGUUGUUCGCACUUUGGUCCGGAAUCUGCGUAUUGGGGCCAUGAUGAAGACCAUUCUACCAGCACUGGGCCAAGCUGUGGUGUUGAACAGCUACUCUACUGCUCAUCAUAUUGGAUCUUCUCGAAGUCUAAAGUCAGGGCUUCAGGUCAUUUCAGAAGAAGUUACUGAGGCUUAUAAUGUAAUUCCAAAUUUGGACCUACUUAUUCCUUCUCUUAUGAGUAAAGGCAUCAACUUUUCUGGAUCAAGUUUAGAAAUGGUUCCAGGAACACCUAUUCCACCAAUGCUUGCUAGAAUUACAAAUGGGACCCUCCACGUACUAACAUCAUUUCAAAACAGAGCUUUUACUUGUGAAUAUAAAUAUGAUGGUCAGCGUGCUCAAAUCCACAGACUUGCUGAUGGGUCUAUACGAAUUUUUUCACGGCAAAUGAAAGAUUCAACGUCUAGAUUUCCAGAUUUGAUAAACAUUAUUAAAGAAUUAUCUAACCCUGCAUUUACAACAUUCAUAUUGGAUACAGAGGUCGUAGCAGUUGACAGGAAGGGUGGAGUCAAGCUUUUGUCUUUCCAAGAUCUAUCUUCUCGGGAGAGAGGAAGGAAAGAUUCGUCAAUCACAAUCGUGAUCUUGCAGGUUGACAUUUGUGUCUUCAUCUUUGAUGUCAUGUUUUCAAAUGGAAAGAGGUUGUUGGAUUUGCCACUUCGUGAAAGGAGGACAUGUCUAAAAGACUUGUUUCACAAGGUCAAGCCUGGUUUCUUGGAAUUUGCGAAGGAAAUAACAGUGGAAGCAGAUGAAGCAUAUUUGAGUAAUGAAAGCACAGUAACCAAUAUAAACACCUUUUUUGAAGAUGCCUGUAAAUCGUCAUGUGAAGGAAUAAUGGCAAAAACUCUAGAUAUUGAUGCUGGAUAUUGUGCAUCAAAGCGCACUGAUGCCUGGUUAAAGGUCAAACGUGACUAUAUUGAAGAAUUGGGUGACAGUCUUGAUUUGGUACCCAUUGGCGCUUGGUAUGGGAAUGGAAGAAAAGCAGGAUGGUACAGCCCUUUCCUUAUGGCGUGCUACAACCCUGAUGCUGAAGAGUUUCAAAGUGUGUGUAGAGUCAUGUCUGGCUUCUCAGAUGAAUUCUAUAAGUCGAUGAAAGAAUUCUUUUCUGGAGAGAAAAUAUUGUCAAGAAAGCCUCCAUACUACCAAACUGAUGAGUCACCAGAUCUCUGGUUUUCUGCAGAAGUGGUCUGGGAAAUUAGAGGCGCAGAUUUUACAAUCUCCCCGGUUCAUCAUUCUGCUGUAGGCUUGAUCCACCCAUCUCGGGGCAUCUCGGUGAGGCUGCCGAGGUUUGUUCGUCCUGUAUCGGACAGGAAGCCAGAGGAUUGCACUACAGCAGCUGACAUUGCUUGUAUGUUCAACUCCCAGACUAGAAAAAUGUAUGUGGGAACAGAACACUGAAAUUAGCCAUGGUUUUUGUGUUCUUUGUAUAGUUCUAUCGGAUGCUUAGUUAUCAUCAUGUAAGCAAUUAGCUUGUCUUUUGUAUGGUGGCCUCUUUAUCUCUUUGAUCUCUCCUCUGAAAUAAGUAGUUGUGCUCA